CCGUCGGCCCCCACCCCACCACCCAGCACCUCCCGUCGCUGGCCCCUACUCCACCGCCCAGCACUUCCCCGUCUCUGGCUGGAAUCCCCCAGCGCGCCUGCCAUCGUCGAGGCGCCGCUGUCCACAGCUUCUCCAGCCGGUGACAGAUCCACCCUCCGCCUACCCCGUCCCCAUUGCUUAGCCAUGGCGACCUUCCCCUGCACCGCGCUGCGACCUGCCUCCCAACGGAAGUUCAACCUAUGCAUGCAUCCCCGUUCUUCUCCGGUCGUCACGGCCGUUCGUCUGUGCUCCACCGAAACGGGCUGCAUCUGGUGAUUGCAUCGCCGGGCUUGUCUGGGAGUUCGUGGCUGGACUUCUCCGGAGGCUUGCGCCGGCGAGCCCCUGCAUCUAGAAUUAUUUAUGCCCUGCCACCCAAGCUCUGUCUCGCUGUAGUGUUCUUCAAAUAGCAUCCACGAAUGUCGUUGUUUUGCUGCCCACUAGGUGUUCGUGCAAAUGUCAAAGAGGGAGCUGGAACGAAAUUCUACAGGUGGUAGUUUAGGAUAAACCAAAAGAUGAAAUAGAUCACUGUGUAGAUUUAUUUUUGUUAAAGCCUACGAUAUUCUUUGGUAGUUCUUAUUGUUCGUUGUAAUCAAUAUGUUGAUGGCAUGCUCGUGCGCUAGCACUUGAUAUGGCAUGCUCGGCCCCUCCUCCGCGGCCGGUGCUCUCCUAGUCCGUGGUCGACACCCAUCCUCCUCCGCGGCCAGCGCCCUCGCUCCCCGCGGCCGGCGCGCUCCUUCCCCAUGGCCGAUGGGCCUCCAGCUCCAUGGCCGGCGCGGUCCCUCCUUGCUGCAGCUUGCCCCUCCUCCAUGGAUGGCCUGCACCGGCUGCCAGAACUCGUUGAGGUGGUACCCUUCAUCCUCGACCUUCAAUUACAGGUUACCAACGACGCUACAAAGAGAAAGCGUAUUCCUGCUGGAGCUGGUGUCCGUGCAAGAGCCUGCUUCAGGGAGUCCUUCCUCGUUGACACCGCCGGAGGCGCUCACGAAACUGGCGCUGAAGUGCAUGACCAAUGACCAUGCGGCUCCUAACAUGUCUUCAGUUGCCGCCAAGGUCUACAAGCUCUUCCUAGAGGUGUAGCAUUGCACCGACAAAGUUCCGCAUCCUCGCCAACAUCUCCAUCUCCAUGGCCCAAGGUGAAUUCAGUUUAAUUUCUUGCUGGAGAACUUAGGUGGUUGCUCGUCGUAGCAUUUGGAAGUGACAUGGAAUUGUUGGUAGAUUAGUUGAUUACUCCUGCCAUGGCUAUCACAUGUUUCUGAUGCUAACAGAACAGAUGAGUGCUGCUCAACACAUGUAGGCUGCAAACACCUACCAGGAAGCUUCGGCGCCAUGCUGCUAGCACAUGAAGCGCUCGCGUGCGACUCUCCCUCUCUUGUCUUUCUCCCUGUUUGUAUUUAUGCCUUAACAUUGAAAACAAUUCAAUGUAUACACUGUACGUACAAUUGCCUGCUAGAUGAAGCUCAAUGUGCAAAAUAUACUGUUUUGGUUUCAGUGGACAUCACCUACUUCCAGCGUGAGGAGGGCACCUCCUUCAGGGCGAGGUGGAUUUGGACUUCAGUGGUAGUACGAAGAGCACUUCGGGGGACACAGGGUGAACUCAGAAAAAUUCGCCGCCCCUCCCGCUGCUCGUCGCCGACUACAACGACGCGACGAGGCCGAGCUUCCCUGCCAUAGUCGACAUGGAGUUCUCCCCUUUGCUCCAUCGUGUGUGUCCGCGCAAGAAAUUAACCUGCCCCAUGGCCUAACAAGUGACCUUCAUCCCUGUUAGCUUCUUCUAAGUUGCUCCUGCAACCGUGCAGCGCUCCUAGUGCCCAGCACCGGCAUAGAAAUGUGAAUUCAUUCAGUCUAUAUAAAGGACCAAAUAAAUUAUGUGUUGUCAUAAAAAAAUGGGUGUGCCUACGUUUUUGUUGUCUC